AGUCGAGCCAAAUGGCAACCUUAUAUGUGCUACCGCACUUAUUUGGUGACGAACCAUUUUAGCCAAACUCAGAUCCUGGCAAAAUUGAAUAUUGCCCUAUAAAAAUACUACAAAAUUCCCAAGUAGGAUUGUAGCAAGCUACGGUCACACAUGAUCUGCUUAUUUCCGUUCUCUUUUCGUGAAGGCGUCAUCGAGUGAAGUUUAACUUUGUGCAAAAUUCAUGAAUAAAAAUCCAAGAGCAUCGUGUGAUUUUGAUAAAUACUGCCAAAAGAUAGUUUACUUCAACUGCGCCGCUGCCGGUCCCACAUUUGGAGGCAGAAGUCUUAGUGGCUGCGUCGCCAAGGCGAAAGAUUUACAACUGCUUGCAUCAGGGGCACCCACCGCGUGCAGCGCAAAGCUGCGCUUGUGCUCUUCUGCCGACAGAUCGCUGGUCAACACACCCUCCCCAGAGUUGGUGUUCUUUUUUUCUACUCUUCAUCGCCGCAAGCAGGAAGCAGAUCGCCGUGCAUCCAUUUUAUGCACAAGUGUCAAAUUAAGCCUGGUGUCUUCUUCUUCAUCCGUGCGCAUUCUGAAUAUUUGUGCACAACACGCGCCCCUGGCUGCUGGUCUUGUCGCUGCGUAUGCUGCGAACCUGAAGCAGCCGCAACACGAAUGAUCGUGUCCAGUCUUAAGUAUCUUUAGAAUAGUUUUUCUUAUUUCUGUUAAUUUUACAUAAAAAUAUUUACUUAUAAAUUUCUAUGAUUCUAAUUUAGCUGAACUUGUGGGAGAUCUGACAAAUAUAUAUAUGUGACUUUCCCGAUUUAUAUUAAUAUCUACAGCAAAUCAUCAAUAGUCAUCAGGCCUGCUGACAUCGAUGGAAAGUGCGUGAGUACUGAACAAAAACAA